UCAGCUCAGCCAGCUGGUCUCCUUCAUUGUGUCAAACAGAAAACAUUCAAUGGGGGUUUACAAAUUUUAAGUUAAAUUUUGAAUUGGUUAAGUUAAGAUGGAUAAACCGUCUGAUGAUGACAACUUUGAGUUUAAUUGGAUUCAAAUGCGGAAAGAGGUUGGACUUACAGAUUUAACAGUUUUUAAUGAAGAAACUGGAACAGAAAAGUUUGUUAGGAAGGUAAAAGAAAACCCUUUAGUUCCAGCAGGAGCCUUAUUGACUACGCUUUGUCUGUCCCUGGGGUUGUUGAGUAUGCGGAAAGGACAAACUCAAAUGUCUCAGCUAAUGAUGCGAGGAAGAGUUGCCGCUCAGGGUUUCACGAUCGUGGCUCUCGUCACUGGGCUUUGUCUUAAGGCAGCAUCAGACUAGUUAUUAGCUCAUAACAAUUAUUGUCAUGUAUAUAGCAAUACUUUGACCAGAAAUGUACGUAAUUAUAUUAAAAAUAUAUCUUGUUUUCAUUUGA